AUGCCAACGAGCGCCGCCCAGGGGCUUCCGGCGGCCUCUCAGGGCCAACUGGCGAUGUUGAACUUCGCCGAUUUCGCCUCUGGGGAGGACUCGAAGCCGCUCCAGCUGCCGCAUGCAACGCAUGCAACGCAUGCAGCGCAUGCAGCGCAUGCAGCAGCUCGUGAUCAGGGCGAGGGCGCCUCAGAAACUGCUCUUUUGAGGGAUCCAGGCGCUUCUCCCGGCGCAGGCAGCAGCAGCAGCAGCAGCAGCAGCAGCAGCAGCAGCAGCAGCAGCAGCAGCCCUGCUGCUGCUGCUGCUGCGUGUGGCGCCCCGUGCUGGCAGCCCCAGGGGGUUGCGCGGCUUUCCUCGAUGCCCCCCUUUGCUGCUGCAGACAGCUCGCCGCCGUCUCAGUCGCCUGCAGCAGCAAAUGACAUUUUGCUGCGGCGCUGCCGCUCCACUGCAGCAGCUGCUGCCAGCUUUCUCGACGCCUUUCACCAGAGACAGAGGCAGCAGAAGAGUUCGGACCUCCGCAGCAGAAACGAGGCCUUCCACUCCCUCAAGCAGUGGCGAGCCCCCCCCAAGCACAGCAGCAGCAGCAGCAGCAGCAGCAGCAGCAGCAGCAGCAGCAGCAGCGGCCGCCGCGAGGAGCAGCUGGCGGGCGCCAGGGGGGCCCCCAGCGCUGCUGCUGCUGCUGCUGCUGCUGCUGCAGAGCGGGCGCAGCGGCAGCAAAUGGUGGGGGAAAUGGCAGCACUUUUCAGCCGGCUGUCCUUCAGCAAGCAGCAGCAAGCUGCUGCUGCAUGCAGGCAAACCCUAGCGCGUUUGGAGCAGCAAAAGGCGCAGCUGAGUUCCCUCAUAAGCCGCCUCAGCCGCUCCGUGUCUGCAACAAAAGCCAAGGGGGCCCUCAUCAAGGAGCGCUCUUUCCAGCUGCUGCUGCUGCAGCAGCAGGAGAGCAGCAAGGGGCCCCAGCGCAGACGCAUUCCCGCCAGUUUGCUGCUGCCGCUCCCCGAGUUCAGCCCCAGCAGCGCAGCAGACGGGACAAAGCAGCAGCAGCAGCAGCGGCAGCAAACGCAGCAGCGCCAGCAGCAGCAAACACCCCAGCAGCAGCAGCAGCAGCAGCAGCAGCAGCAGCAGCAGCAGCAGACAGACCCCUGGCGCCGCGUGCUGAGGCGCACGAGGCCGCUGCGACGCAGAGCGUCUUUGCCUGCGGCUGCGGCGCUUGCGAGGACGCCCAGGCCAGCUGCUGCAGCAGCAACUCCUGCAGACGCAGCAGCAACUCCUUCAGCUGCAGCAGCAGCAGCAACGCCCGAAGCAGCAGCAGCAGCAACACCGGCAGCAGCUUCCUGCGGCGGCACCGCGUCUCCGUUUUCCCCGCUGGAUGCAAGAACAGCCGCCCUGGCAGGGGCAGCCGCCCCAGAGGGAGCAGCAGCAGCAGCAGCAGCAGCAGCAGCAGCAGCAGCGGUGGCUGCUGCUGCAGACCUGUCUGAGGCGAUUGAGCGCUUCCGCAGCAAAACCCGCAGCGCGAGUUUGUGCUGCUUCUCGAGAGACAAACUGAGUCUGAAGAAGCAGCGGCUGGGGCGUCGUCAAGCCACGGAGCUGCUGCUGCAGCAGGCGGAAGCUGCAUGCGCUGCUGCUGCUGCUGCUGCUGCUGCUGCGGGCGCUGCUGCUCCUGCGCAGUGCCACGGGGCCCUGCUGCAGGCCCUCACGGGCCUCUCCCGGGCCCUUUCCUUGGAGCUGCUGCAGACGCAGCAGCGCAUGCAAAUGGCAGAUCUGCUGCAGCAGAAGCAAGCAGCAGCAAGGGGAGGCCUGGAAGCAGCAGCAGCACUUCAGUCUCUGGGCCAUCUGCUUCUGCCAAUGGCGCAAUCUGCUGCUGCUGACGCAGCGCCGGGGGCCCCCCACGGGGGGGGCCCCCAAGGGGGGCCCCCGGGCCUGCUGCUGGGGGUCUCGGGUCCAGGGGGCCCCCACGGAGGGGCCCCUGGGCUGUCUUCGGGGGUACUUGACAGCUCUGCUGCUGCUGCUGCUGCUGCUGACGAGCAGCAAACGUGUGGGGAGGCUUUGGAGCUGCGUGCAGCAGAGCCUGUAGCAGCGGAGCAGCUCGAAGCUGCUGCAGCAGCAGCAGCAGCUGCUGCUGCUGCUGGUGCUGCGGAGGCGGAAGGCCCCACUGACGCCGCCGCGGCCGCCGCCGCCGCUGCUGCUGCUGCUGCUGCUGCUGCUGCUGCUGGCAGCAGCGACGGGGAGAAGGGCGGGCGCAGCAGCUGCAGCGGCUGCAGCGAAUGGAGCGAAGAUGACAGCAGUUUGUUGGAAGCAGAAACUGACUGCGAAUAUUUGCUGGGGCGGCAGCUGCUGCCAUAUGAGAGAAUGCUGCUGAAGUUUCGCAUGCUGCGGCGGCACGGGGCAGCAGCAGCAGCAGCAGCAGCAGGAGCAGCAGCAGGAGCAGCAGCAGCGGCGGGCGAGGGGGCCCCCACGGAGGCGCAGCUGGUGGAGGAGCUGCUGCAGGCCGUGGAGGAGGGGGGCGCUGCUGCUGCUGCUGCUGCUGCUGCUGCUGCUGCGGACUCCCUGGCGCCCGAAGACGAGGCCGACGUGUGGGGCCUCUGGGGAGAAGAAGCAGAAAGUGAAGCAGCAAAAGUCGAAAGUCUUUUGACUCUGGUGCAGCAGCUGCAGCAAGCUGACCUGCAGCAGCAAGUUCUUUCCCGCAGCUUGCUGGCUUCGAAGCGCCCCAUGCCCAAAGAGGAGGCCAUCCUCCACGCCUUCUUCCAGGGCCCAGGGGGGCCCCCAGAGGGGCCCCCAGGGGGCCCCCCGGGGGGCCCCCAGGGGGGCCCCCAGGGGGGCCCCCCGGGGGGGCCCCUAGGGGGGCCUCUAGGGGGGCCCCCAGGGGGGCCCCCAGGGGUGCAUGCAGGCAGGCAGGGCGCAGAUGUAGAGACAGCAGCGGGAGCAGAGGCCGGAGUAGAUAGGGGCAGGGGGGCAGAGGAAGCAGCAAAAAGAAAAAUGAAAUUAAAUAAAAAGACUGAGACAAAAGUUUCCGCUUUUCCCUCAGCGGAGUGUCUGUACAGGGCGCACUAUUUGCUGGGGCCCUGGAGAGCCAAUUUGCUGUCGCUGUCUCAGCCUGAAAACGAGAAAACUGCGAACUGA